GGGCCAGUGGUACAGAUGUCGUCGUCGCGGUCGAACAACCGGGCGGCGUCGAGCUCGGCGCGGUCCAAGCACAGCGAGCGGGUGGUGGCGCAGACCCCCGUGGACGCGCGGCUGCACGCCGAGUUCGAGGGCUCGCACCGCCACUUCGACUACUCCUCCUCCGUCAACCGCUCGGGCGGCAGCACCAGCACCGUUGCCGUCUCCGCCUACCUCCAGACCAUGCAGCGUGGCCGCUACAUCCAGCCCUUCGGCUGCCUGCUCGCCAUCCACCCGGACACCUUCUCCCUGCUCGCCUACAGCGACAACGCCGCCGAGAUGCUCGACCUCACGCCGCACGCCGUGCCCACCAUCGACCAGCGCGACGCGCUCGCCCUCGGCGCCGACGCGCGCGCGCUCUUCCGCUCCCAGAGCGCCGUCGCGCUGCACAAGGCCGCCGUCUUCGGGGAGGUCAACCUGCUCAACCCCAUCCUCGUCCACGCCAGGACCUCGGGAAAGCCCUUCUACGCCAUCCUGCACCGCAUCGACGUCGGCCUCGUCAUCGACCUCGAGCCCGUCAACCCCGCCGACGUACCCGUCACCGCCGCCGGCGCGCUCAAGUCUUACAAGCUCGCAGCCAAGGCCAUCUCCAGGCUGCAGUCCCUGCCCAGCGGCAACCUCUCCCUGCUCUGCGACGUGCUCGUCCGCGAGGUCAGCGAGCUCACUGGCUAUGACAGGGUCAUGGCCUACAAGUUCCACGAGGAUGAGCAUGGCGAGGUCAUUGCCGAGUGCAGGAGGUCUGAUCUGGAGCCGUAUCUUGGCCUCCACUACCCGGCAACCGACAUCCCGCAAGCAUCAAGAUUUCUGUUUAUGAAGAACAAGGUCCGGAUGAUAUGUGAUUGUGCUGCUACUCCCGUGAAGCUCAUUCAGGAUGACAACCUACCGCAGCCUAUCAGCCUCUGUGGCUCCAGCAUGAGGGCACCCCAUGGCUGCCAUGCCCAGUACAUGGCCAACAUGGGCUCCAUCGCCUCCUUGGUGAUGUCCAUCACUAUAAACGAGGAUGAGGAGGAAGACACCGGAAAUGACCAGCAGCAGCCCAAGGGCAGGAAGCUGUGGGGGCUGGUGGUUUGCCACCACACCAGCCCGAGGUUCGUCCCUUUCCCGCUCAGGUAUGCUUGCGAAUUCCUCUUGCAAGUAUUCGCCAUACAGCUCAACAAGGAGGUGGAGCUUGCUUCCCAGGCAAAGGAGAGGCACAUCCUCCGCACGCAGACCCUUCUCUGCGAUAUGCUCCUCCGGGAUGCUCCUGUUGGGAUAUUCAACCAGUCGCCCAAUGUAAUGGAUCUAGUCAAGUGCGACGGCGCAGCAUUGUGUUACCAAAACCAGCUUCUGGUGCUGGGAUCGACGCCCUCCGAAGGAGAGAUAAAGAAUAUCGUCGCGUGGCUGCAGGAGUACCAUGAUGGCUCGACUGGACUAAGUACUGACAGCUUAGUGGAAGCGGGAUAUCCUGGCGCGGCCGCACUUCGUGAGGUUGUGUGUGGCAUGGCAGCUAUAAAGAUUUCGUCAAAAGGUUUUAUCCUCUGGUUCCGAUCGCACACGGCAAAAGAGAUCAAGUGGGGUGGAGCUAAGCAUGAACCAGGUGAUGCAGAUGACAAUGGCAGGAAGAUGCAUCCACGCUCUUCGUUCAGGGCUUUCUUGGAGGUAGUUAAAUGGAGGAGUGUUCCUUGGGAGGAUGUUGAGAUGGACGCAAUCCAUUCCCUCCAGCUAAUUUUGCGUGGCUCCCUGCAAGACGAAGAUGCCAACGACAACAAUGUAAGGACCAUCGUUGAAGCUCCAUCUGAUGAUAUGAAGAAGAUACAGGGGCUACUUGAACUGAGAGUUGUGACAAAUGAGAUGGUCCGCCUAAUCGAGACAGCAACUGCUCCUAUUUUGGCCGUCGACAUUGCUGGUAACAUAAAUGGAUGGAAUAAUAAAGUCGCGGAAAUUACUGGAUUGCCUACCAUGGAAGCCAUAGGGAUGGCUCUGGUAAAUGUUGUUGAGGGUGAUUUUGUUGAAGUGGUUAAACAGAUCUUGAACUCAGCUCUACAAGGAACCGAAGAGCAAAAUGUAGAAAUCAAGCUUAAAACAUUCCAUCACCAGGAAAGUAGGGGCCCUGUAGUCUUGAUGGUUAACGCCUGUUGCAGUCGUGACCUUUCAGAGAAAGUUGUUGGGGUUUGUUUCGUAGCACAAGAUUUGACAGGGCACAGGAUGAUUAUGGAUAAGUAUACUCGGAUACAAGGCGACUAUGUUGCAAUAGUAAAGAACCCCAAUGAGCUCAUACCCCCUAUAUUUAUGAUCAACGAUCUUGGUUCUUGCUUAGAGUGGAAUGAAGCUAUGCAAAAGAUUACUGGUAUAAAGAGGGAAGAUGCAAUAGAUAAGUUGCUGAUCGGGGAGGUUUUCACCCUUCAUGAGUAUGGAUGUAAGGUAAAGGAUCAUGCUACUCUAACCAAACUUAGCAUACUGAUGAACACAGUGAUCUCUGGUCAAGAUCCCGAGAAGCUUGCUUUUGGUUUCUUCAACAAAGAUGGCAAGUACAUGGAAUCACUGCUUACAGCAAGCAAGAGGACAGAUGCUGGGGGGAAGAUCACCGGUGCUCUUUGCUUCUUGCAUGUGGCCAGCCCAGAGCUUCAGCAUGCUCUUCAGGUGCAGAUAAUGUCUGAACAAGCUGCUACACAUAGCUUUAAGGAAUUGACAUAUAUUCGUCAAGAGUUAAAGAACCCACUCAAUGGAAUGCAAUUUACCCGUAAUUUGUUGGAACCGUCUGACUUGACAGAGGAGCAGAGGCAACUUUUUGCAUCAAAUGUCCUCUGUCAGGAACAGUUGAAAAAGAUUUUGCAUGACAAUGAUCUGGAAGGCAUUGAACAGUGCUACAUGGAGAUGAACACGGUAGAAUUUAACCUCGAGGAAGCUCUGAAUACGGUCCUAAUGCAAGGCAUGUCUCUGAGCAAGGAAAAGCAAAUUUCUCUUGACCGUGAUUGGCCUGUAGAAGUAUCAUCUAUGUAUCUCUAUGGGGAUAACUUAAGGCUUCAGCAAGUCCUGGCAGACUACUUGGCAUGCACACUUCAGUUUACACAACCGUCAGAAGGGCCAAUUGUACUCCAGGUCAUUCCCAGGAAGGAAAGUAUUGGGUCUGGCAUGCAGAUUGCUCAUCUAGAGUUCAGGCUUGUCCAUCCAGCGCCAGGCGUACCAGAGCAGCUGAUUCAAGAGAUGUUCCGCCACGGCCCAGGGGUAUCCCGAGAAGGCCUCGGCCUGCACAUCAGCCAGAAGCUCGUGAAGACGAUGAGCGGCACGGUACAGUACCUCCGAGAAGCAGAGACCUCGUCGUUCAUCGUUCUAGUGGAGUUCCCGGUGGCGCAGCUCAAUAGCAAGCGGCCCAGGCCUUCGACGAGUAAGAGUAACUUCUGAAUCCUGAUGAUGUCAUCGUCCCCCGUCAGAGAUGCUGUAAACUAGGGCCAUUGAUGGGAGAGCUUAGCUGAUGUAUCAUGUGUAGUUGGGAACUUGGACAGCUCACACGUUGAUGUUUGGGGAGCUGUGGCUUUAGCUUAGCUUUUAGGUUUUAGUGUAAUUUAACACGGCAACUCUAUGAGUGAAUGGUGAAUAAAAUCUGCACUUGUGUUUUCGAUCA